AUGGAAAGUGCGCGGAAAAGCAAAGGAGCUCGCCAAUCCAUAAAUGCUAGGGUAAGCAAUAUGUUUGGAGCUCGGCAUGUUUCAGACCAACGUCCCGUUACAAACAAAGACUUCCAAAAUAACUGUAUUAGGCGCAUUAUUGAAUAUUUCCAGUCAAAAAAAUCAGAUUUUGUGAUUACUCCAAAGCAGCUUCAAAACCCAAGCGCAAAAGACUUUUCUUCAAUUUUGCUUGCUCUUGUAAAACAAAUAGAUGAAUCUUAUGAAUUUACACAAAAAAUUGAAGAUGAAGUUCCCGCCCUAUUUAAAAGCUUAGGAUAUCCUUUUACCCUAGGCAAAAGUUCUUUAUUAGCUGUUGGAGCUCCUAAUUCUUGACCAGCCGUUUUGGCAGCUUUAACAUGGCUUCUUGAUUUAGUUUUGUAUUUACUCCUACCUCUAUAAAUUGUAACCAAAAAAUAUUCCAAUUUCACAAUAAAAAAGUUAUAUAAAAUUUGACAUAAAUCGAACUUUUAUAUAUUUUAUGAAGAAUUCAUUCAUAAUAUUAAUAUCUGGACAAGCAUAGGUCGCAACCCCCCACCCCCACCCCCCCUAAAAGUGGUACCCCCAACCCCCACACACCCCCCUUUUUAAUGGUACCCCCACCCCCCCCUAAAAAUGGCACCCCCACCCCCCUUAAUAUAGCAUAAAUAUAUGACAAAUGCCAAUUUAGAGCAGACGUAAUAAAUAAAUGAUUAUUUUAAAUAUUCAAAAUUACUGAUUUAUACAAUAUCCACAUAGCGUAGCACAAUCGAUUAAGGAGUAGGUGGAAUGAUGUGAGAAUUUCCUAUAACUACUAAGCACACCACAUAUGAAAAUUUGUUAGCGAGCAUAAUAAUGAUCUUUGGUAUUAAUUAGCAAUAUAUCCUGCAUAUAUUUAUGAACUUUGUGGAACAAUGGCUAAAAGUCGAAUUAGAGAUCCAAAAGUAAAAUUGACAAUAGCAAAUACUAUUUUUAUUACCACUAUUGAAUCCUGUUACCAAUUCAGUCCUGCAAUCCUUGUACAAUGGACAUUAGAUUAGCUUUAAUGUAUGAAUCAAUAAAUUUAAUGCAAUUAUUGUGUUGUGCUUGGCUCAUUUAAUAAUUAAUGCCAUUAUCUAUAUCUUUGGCAUUAUAUUUAUAAAUAUAAAGAGCAAAUUUAAUAUAUUCUCUAAUUAAUUGCUAAUUAAUUUAAAUUUAUUAAUUAAUCAUAAAUAUAAAGUAAUUUGUGGGCUUAAUUUAUCAAUAUAGUGUUUUAAAUGGGGUUAUAUUUAAUUUAUUUUGCUUAUUUCCUAUCAAUUACUUCUAUAGAAUAAACCCGAGAGGGGGGGCGUGGGGGUGCCAUCUGUGAAAGGGGGGUGGGGGGUACCAUUUUUAGGGGGUGGGGGGGGGUGUGGGGUUGCUACCUAUGCUUGACCAAAUAUCAAUUAGAAUAUUGAUUGUUAGAAUAGCAUUCCUCAUUAAAUAACUAGAAAAUGAAAAAUUUUACCUAUAUUUUGUUCAAAUUUAAAGGUAGGAGCUAGAAAAAUCAAAUGAUGAAGAAGAAGAUUUUUAUAAUCGUGAGCAGAGCGAAAAUGAGCUUUAUGCUGAACAUUUAAUGAGAUGCUAUGAAUUGUUUUUAACUGGGCAGGAUUAUUCUGAUGAACUUUCUGAUUUAAGGUUUCAGCUGGAAAAAAGAGUCCAAGAGGUGUCAAUGCAGACGAAUAAGAUGAAAGAGCUGAUAGUUACAUUGAGACAAGAAAAAGAAGGCCUGAAAAUUUCUGAAAGAAACCCAAAGCUAUUAGAUGAGCAAAUAAAAUAUGCGAAAUUUUAUAGUAAAUUUUAUAUAAAUAAUCUUAUUUAUAGAGAAUAAUGCAUUUAUAAAAGCUAUUUAUUCCUAAUAUUAAUAAGAAACAUAUGCCCUUCUCUCACAGAAAAAAUGGCCCAUCAUUAUGAAUAUAUAUAAAUUAAUUAAAAAACCUAAAAAUUCCCCAAUAAAAUUGCUUGAGCAAGAACUCGAAAGUUUAAGCAACAUGGACAAUAUUUUAAAAACCCAAGAUCAGCUAGAAUCACAGCUAAAUUAUUUAAAAGACGAAAACGAGUCCUGAAGGUUAACUUUAGAAAGCAAAAUCAACGACUUAGAAGUUUUAAAGCUAAGAAUCAAUGCCCAAGAAUUAAGCCUAGAAGACAAAAACAGAAUCCAACAAGCAGCAGUUUUUGUAGAUCAAGCUAUAAAAGAUGUGAAAAAAGAGCGCGACCAAUUAAACCAAAUCCACUGAGAAAUGCAGCAGAAGCUACAGCAGCAAAUAAAUAACUGCUACAUUCUUGUGAAAAACUACCAACAUAGCGCUAGUGAGAUCCAAAUAAUCCCUCCUGGAGCAAAAAACUCUUAUGGGCUAGACCUCAGAAUUACUUUUAAACCUGAAAAUUUGCAAGGAAACCACAAUGAAACUGAAGUAAUUGAGCCUCAAAAUUUCCUUGAGCCUAUAAGAGAAUGCACAGAAAAGCUACAAGCAGAAAUAGACGAAAAAAUCAUUGAUUUAGAUAACGAAAAAUACAGGCUUGUCAACGAAAAUGACGAAAAAGCCCACAGUCUGCCUGAUUUUGACUCAAAAAUCCAACAAUUGUCAAUAAAUUUUGAAAAAUUACAAAAAAUAUACCAAAAUGUGUCAGAGUAUCACAACCAGAAAAUUAUUGACCAAAAAGCAAGGGAUUAUGGAGAUUUAGAGAAAACUAUUGAAGAAAUCAAAGAAGACCUUAACGAGCUGCAUAUGGAAAACACCAAAAUUUCUGAAACUUUUGAAGAAGAAAGGCGAGAACUAGCUAAAUUUCAGGUAGAGUCGUUAGCAGAAAAAAGAGAAAGCAUACAGAUCAUUAAGCAGGAUGUGCAGUUAUUGAUGUCGCAUAAAAUUAAGGUUAUUGAUGUCCUAAUGGAGAUCCAGAAUUUCAUGAAAAUGCAGGUAGAAAGCUUAAUUAAUUAG